AUGUUUAAGAAGCAAAUUGUUAUCGAUUGCAAAGGUCAUCUACUCGGGAGACUGGCCUCUGUUGUCGCAAAGGAACUUCUAUCCGGGCAAAAAAUAGUUGCUGUGCGAUGCGAAGAGAUUAACAUAUCUGGAUCACUUUUCCGCAAUAAACUAAAAUAUCAGCGGUUUUUGAGGCUUAGGACUAAUACAAAUCCUAACCAUGGACCAUUUCAUUUGAGAGCUCCAUCCAAAUUCUUCUGGCGCGUAGUACGCGGCAUGCUUCCGCACAAAACACCAAGAGGGGCUGCUGCACUUAAACGCCUAAUUACCUGCGAUGGUGUACCCCCGCCUUUUGAUAGAAAACGUCGUCAAUUAGUGCCUGCAGCAUUAAGGAUAUUUCGACUAAAACCAACGCGCCGAUUCUGUAAACUUGCUGAUGUAUUAUCCAAGGUUGGCUGGUCUGGCAGAGAAUUGAUUGAUAAAUUAGAGUCUAGGAGGAAGGAACGGGCAUUUAACUACUUCAGGAAGAAGGUCGAUGAAAAGGUUUUGAUAGAUAAGAAGAAACUUACUGUUCUACAAAAAAUGGAUGAGCAACAAAAGAACAUCCUCGCGAGGGUUGGCAAAUAA